CGCCUUCCUGAAGGCCAGUGUUGUUCCUGACCUUUGUCGCUUGAGGCUGGAUGACCUAUUUUUAGCGUGAAGUUCACGUUUGCACACGGCUCACGUAUACCUAGAAAGGAUAACAACAACAAACCAAUCUUCCAAAUUUAGAAACCAUGUGCUGCUCAUGUUGAGUACAGCGUUGCCAGGGAAUUUGCUUCCUUUUGAUGGAAAACCCGAAUAUUAUAAGGAGCAUGCAUGGUCCUGAACCCUGAGAAAUCAAAAUGGAUGCUACCAUUGCGAAAGUUAUCACCCUUGUUGUGUUGAUCAUCUUGACUAUUGCGUUCAGUUGUUUACCGUAUUUCUUAGUCUUGAGAGGUUCUCGGUCCCUAGUUUCAAGUCGAGUCCGGGAUGUGGCAUUUGCCUGUCUUAACUGCUUCGCGGGUGGAGUCUUUCUCGGAACAUUUUUGCUUCAUCUCAUGACAGAAGGUUCUGAGGAGUUUGAGCACUACAAAACACACGUGAAAUGGGAGACGGAAUUUCCCUUUUUCAACACAUUUGUCGUAGCCGGGUUCUUCCUGGUGGCUCUGGUAGAACACUUCAUGCAUUCUUGUCUGCAGCACACCCACGGAGAAUCAGAAGACAGAGAAAGUCUUCUUCGUCACGAUGCCCAAGACACUACUCGGAUGCGCCAACACUACGGGGCUAUUGAGCCUCAUCCGAGUAACACGGUUCCUCAGACAGGCUCACAGUAUUCACAGCACCACAAAAAGGAACCAGGACUGGCUGAGACUCGGUUGGCAGAGGGAGGAACAGCACCACCAAAGUCAGAUGGACCUGAUUCACAGGCAGAGCAUCCUGUGUCUGUUGAAUAUCGUUCAGAUCGGUCCGAUACCCACGGAGGUGGUGGAGAAAUUCUCACAAAUGGGCUUCGGCAAGGGGGGCUGCAGGCAUUUCUGCUAUUAAUGGCUCUAUCUUUCCAUACAAUAUUUGAUGGCCUGGCUGUUGGCCUGCAGAAAGAUGCGAACGAGGUGUGGCAGGUUUUUGCUGCUAUUGCAGUUCAUAAAAGUAUCAUUGCAUUCUGUUUGGGGCUUGAAAUGUUUAAAAACUAUGCCCAUUCCCCAGUGAAAGCAUUUUUAUGGAUGUGCCUGUUUUCACUCAUGUCCCCCAUUGGUAUUGGGCUGGGGAUUAUUCUGACUUCUGGUAACAUAAAUGAAGAUGCAAAGGAUCUGUCCUCUAGCAUUCUGCAGGGAGUUGCAGCCGGUACUUUUCUUUAUGUUACGUUUUUAGAAAUCCUUUGCUCAUACAUGGGCCAUCGUUGUGUCAAAAGUAGAUUCAUUUACAUUCUUUGUUCGGCUGCUGGGUUUGGCAUUAUGGCCUUUGUUAAAGUUUUGGAUAGUGAUGAUCACUGAAUGUUAGCUCGAUGUUCCACACUGGCUCAAGGUCACUGAUCAUAGAUCCGACAGUGUAACUUUUUCUAUCUUUCGAAGCUGGGUUCAUUAAGAAAGCAACAACAGUUUUAAUCAGAGAUUGAGAUCGAUUUCCAUAGUUUUUUUUACAUCUGAGCUGAUGUAUUGUGACGUUGUAAUGCUAUUUUUCCUUCUGUAGUGAGGCCUUCUUUAAUACUAGUUUGGGUUGGUUAAUUUGUACUUUAAAAAUAAACCAUUAUCCUGUCAUAACUGAUCCAUCUGUUUUUAGAUGGCGCAUGUAGUCAUAUGUAUUGUCUGUAAUAUGUUGACCUGAGCAGUGCUAGGACAUACAUUGUAAUAUAUAUUAUUCUGAUGUAUUGAGUUUUCAGGUGCCAUUUAACUGUGGCCCUAUGACUCAGUCUAAGCAGACCAUUUUGAACCUGUGGUAAAGUACAAGUUGCAAAAAUGAUUUGUAAAAAAGUAUUCUGACUUUAAAA